GAUUACUGACCACACUCCUCUCCUCCAAACGUCUAACGAUCAAACCCUUCCUCCUCCCACUCCGGGUCUCCGCUAGCCCCUCCGCCCUCUCUUCUUCCUCUUCCUCUCCUCCUCCUCCUCCUCAUCGGUUCGUGCCCGCAUCGCUCUCCGACGGCCCUUGACAGUGCCGGUCCUCGAUCCAUUCGUUGCUGACUUCACCACCGUCGUCUCCCUUCAGGCCUUCUUUUGAUUCCUCUGCCGCUGCUUCUCCAGCUCCAUAUUGUGGUUGGAACAAGAGCCGGACGUCCAUGGCGACUCGAGAUCCGUCGAUGAUUUGCUGUUUUCGGUUACUUUUUCUUUUGUUAUUUUCAGUCCCUUUGAUUGCUUCCUCUUCAUCCUGGGCGAGCAUGCACCACAACAAUUGGGCUGUCUUGGUCUGCACCUCUCGCUACUGGUUUAACUAUCGACAUAUGGCGAAUACUUUAUCUCUAUACAGGACAGUGAAGCGAUUAGGAAUUCCAGAUGAGCGAAUAAUACUCAUGCUUGCUGAUGAUAUGGCUUGUAACAUGAGGAACAACUACCCUGCCCAAGUUUUUAACAAUGAAAAUCACCAGCUUAAUUUGUAUGGGGACAAUGUUGAAGUCGAUUAUCGAGGUUAUGAAGUCACGGUUGAAAAUUUCAUGAGAGUUUUAACUGGAAGGCAUGACCCUGCUGUACCAAGAUCGAAACGUCUUUUAAGUGAUGAAGGUAGCCACAUUCUCUUAUAUAUGACAGGCCAUGGAGGGGAUGAAUUUUUGAAGUUUCAAGACUCUGAAGAACUUCAGAGCCAUGAUUUAGCAGAUGCAGUGAAGCAGAUGAAAGAGAAAAACAGAUUCAAGGAGCUGCUCAUAAUGGUUGACACCUGCCAAGCUGCAACUCUUUUCAAUCAGCUUCAAUCACCUGGUGUUUUGGCUAUUGGUAGUAGUAUGAAAGGUGAAAAUUCCUAUUCUCACCAUCUUGACUCUGAUAUUGGUGUGUCAGUAGUGGAUAGAUUCACUUACUACACCCUUGCUUUUUUUGAGAAGUUAAAUAUGUACAGUAAUGCAUCUUUAAGCAGCCUUUUUAACUCAUAUAACCCUCGCACGUUGAUGUCUACGGCAUAUUACAGAAUGGAUCUCUAUCAGCGACCAUUGCCUGAGGUACCUGUCACAAGCUUUUUUGGCUCGGUCAUGAAAACAAUUCACACUGAUGCAGCCUAUAUGGGUUUGUCUAUUCCACCAAAAACUGAAGCUCAAUUUUUGCCGGGAGAUGGUGGGAAUCACCAAUUGAGAAUUGAAAAUGAACCUGAUCUGGAGAAAGAUGGUAACAAGCAAACAAAGGAAUUGCAUUGUAUUUACCACGAGUGGUUGAAUCUUCUACAAGAGAGAUUUGAGAACACAGACGCUGAGUUACUCUUCAGAUAUGGUUUUGGGACUAUGGUUUUCUUGUUGACAAUCUCUACUUGGCUAUUGGCAUAAUCAUCGACUGAUUUGCAUUUGACCUGAUUCAUCGAUCUGUCUGCCAGAAACCACAACAAUCACCGAUAUUCAAAUUCAAAGCAAAGGGAGAUGGAAAUUUGCGUCAAAAUGUCCAUAUGGCAGAAUGACAAUCCAAUCGCUGUUCUUCUGUUGUAAUGUUUUGAAUUAGAUGAACUUUUGCACCUGUUAAAGGAGAUGUUUGUUCCUGAAAACAAAUGAUGUAAAAUGACUUUCAUGAACUUCACUUCAAAAUCAAUCCACAUGUUUUGUUUGAAUUGACUUCAUGAAUAAAGUAUAGAUCUGUUUUUAAGCAA